AUGACUGGGAACCGUCGAGCUGCCCCAUCUGCACUGGGCAACCCCACUACCCCAACCCACUUGCCAAAUGCGACAACCACCCCAGACCAAAAACAAUCUGGAGGCCAUAAUCGCAACAAAUUUAUGAGUGAACUGCGCAUCAUCCACAUGCCAUCAUGGGCUGUUGCUGCCCUUUGCAUUGUGAGUUUGUGCGUGGUGCUUUCGUGUAUCGUGUGUGUGUGGAAGAAGUGCUUGAAAAAGAAGGACAAGGACAAAGAAAAGGACAAGAAAAAGGGAAAAGAGAAGAGCAAGGGAGACUUUGACACUGAAAUGGAUGGAGGUUACAACAAGCCGCUGAAAGAUGAAGGUAUCAAAGAAACAGAGCUGUCAGAUAACGAGCCCAAGGAGGAAGAGAAGCUGGGCAGGCUACAUUUUACAUUAGACUACAACUUCACAAAUAAUACGCUGGUAGUAGGCAUCUUGGAGGCUGCUGAACUUCCUGCGAUGGACGUGGGAGGCAGUUCUGACCCGUACGUUAAACUCUAUCUGCUCCCGGACAAAAAGAAAAAGUUUGAAACCAAAGUUCAUCGGAAGACCCUCGAACCCAACUUUAAUGAGACUUUCACAUUUAAGGUACUGUACACUGAACUGGGCGGGAAGACGCUGGUGAUGACUGUGUACGACUUCGACCGUUUCUCAAAACACGAUGCCAUUGGAGCUGUGAAGAUACCGAUGAACAGUGUGGACUUCAGCCAGUCUCUGCAGGAGUGGAGGGAUCUGCAGAAGGCAGAGAAGGAGGAGAGUGAGAAGCUUGGAGAUGUAUGUUUGUCCUUGAGGUAUGUGCCUACUGCAGGAAAGCUGACCGUGGUGAUAUUAGAAGCCAAAAACCUGAAGAAAAUGGAUGUGGGUGGAUUAUCAGACCCUUAUGUGAAGAUCCACUUAAUGCAGAAUGGAAAAAGACUCAAGAAAAAGAAAACAACGAUAAAGAAGAACACUUUGAACCCUUACUACAAUGAGUCUUUCAGCUUUGAAGUGCCAUGUGAACAGAUAGAGAAGGUGCAGAUAGCAGUGACUGUGUUGGACUAUGAUAAGAUUGGGAAGAACGAUGCCAUCGGGAAGGUGCUGCUGGGUGCCAACAGCGCCGGGACUGAGCAAUGCCAUUGGUCGGACAUGCUGGCGAACCCCCGGAGGCCAAUAGCUCAGUGGCAUAGCAUCCAGCCAGAGGAUGAAGUCAACGCACUAAUUUCCAACAAGAAAUGAAACUGUGACCUCAGUGGGCUAUGACUCCUUGCAGCAUUUACCUCAGCUACUUCCAAUUGAUGUUCCUAUCUCUCCCAUAA